GGUAUUGUCCGUCGGUCCCGGCCGAUCCCCGCUCCCGAUCCCGGUUCCAAUCGCGAUCCGCGCUCUCUGCCCUUUCCCCCCGCCCCGUGCUCUGGGCUCGGGCUCAGGCUGGGGCUCGGCCCGCGGGCCCACCGAGGCCGCGAGGAUGGCGGAGCCCGGGCUGCGGUUCAUGCUGGCCCUGGCGGCACUGAACACGGCCACCGGCACAGAAUCUGUAAUCCGAACAUUCACCCCUUUCUACUUCACGGUGGAGCCAGCAGACACGCUAGCGAUACGAGGGGCCUCGGUAAUACUGAACUGUUCAGUGUUUGCUGAACCCAGUGCCAAAAUUGAAUGGAGAAAAGAUGGGACAUUCCUAAACCUGGUUUCAGAUGAACGCAGGCAGAUGCUUCCAGAAGGUUCACUGUUGACACGGAGUGUAGUACAUUCCAAACACCACAAACCUGAUGAAGGAUUUUAUCAGUGCGUCGCCACUAUCGAUAGCCUGGGUACAAUUGUGAGUCGGACAGCAAAGGUGACAGUGGCAGGUCUUCCCCGGUUCGGUGGUCAACCCCAAGCUGUUUCUGUGCAUCAAGGUGACUCCACCCUGUUAGGAUGCGAGGUGAAUGGUGACCUUGUUCCUUUUGUGAGGUGGGAACACAACCGUCAACCUGUAGUAUUGGAAGGAAGGUUCCUCAAACUGCCCAGUGGCUCCUUGGAGAUCAGUAAUGUCUCUGACAUUGAUGCUGGAUCUUACCGCUGCUCUGUGGAAACCGCAGGUUUGUCUAAAACAAGUGAAGAGACAGAGCUCACCGUUUUACCAGAGACAGGUGUAGAGCGAAAGAUGAAGUUUCUGCAGCAACCUGUUCCCGUUAGUAAAAUAGCAGGCCAGACAGUAAUAUUACCUUGUGUGGUCUCUGGUUACCCAACGCCCACCAUUCAUUGGAGCCGUAAUUCAGAGACUAUCUUUGAAAGGUUCCAGAAGAUCACUUUGGUCGGAAGUGGUAAUCUAGAGAUAAGUGACGUCACAGAAGAUGAUGCUGGGAUUUACAACUGCAUUGUGGAGAAUGGGAAUGAAACAGUACAUGCUCAAACAGAGCUCAGUGUGCAAGUACCCCCGCAUUUCCUGAAGCGUCCAGUCAACAUUUACGCUCAUGAGUCCAUGGACAUUGUGUUUGAAUGCGAAGUGAUGGGGACGCCAAUGCCAACUGUGAAGUGGAUAAAGAACGGGGAUAUGGUCAUCCCCAGUGACUAUUUUAAGAUUGUUAAUGAGCGGAAUCUGCAGGUUCUUGGUCUGGUAAAAUCUGAUGAAGGUCUGUAUCAGUGUGUGGCAGAGAACGAUGUAGGGAAUGAACGGGCCAGUGCGCAGCUCAUCAUCCUGGAGCAUGAUGUUCCCAUUCCAACGUUUCCCCCUCCCUCACUGACAAGUGCCACUGCUGACCAUCUAGCAGCUGCCAAGGCUGGACUCCUGCCCUCUGCUCCUCGGGAUGUGAUGGCUCUCCUCGUCUCCACACGCUUCAUCAAGUUGACUUGGCGCCCACCUGCAGAGCCUCAUUCUGAGAUCCUCACAUACUUGGUUUACUACUCCAGAGAUGGCACCAACAGGGAACGUGUGGAAAAUACAAGUCGACCUGGAGACUUGGAAGUGACAAUUGGUGACUUGAUGCCAGAUGUGAAGUAUGUUUUCCGAGUGGUUGCUCACAAUAAGCAUGGAGCAGGAGACAGUUCUAGUCCUUUCAAAGUGGCCACCCAGCCUGAAGUUCAAGUGCCAGGACCAGCUCAGAAUCUGGUUGCACAAGCAAACUCACCGACCUCGAUCACAGUCACAUGGCAGGAGCCUCACUCAGCCAAUGGGCCGAUUGUAAACUACAAACUUUAUUACAUGGAGAAAGGGGCAGAUGGUGAACAGGAUGUAGACGUUGGGAGUCUUUCCUAUACCAUGAAUGGACUGAAGAAGUUCACUGAGUACAGUUUCCGGGUAGUGGCUUACAACAAGCAUGGACCAGGAGUCUCCACUGAGGACGUAGAAGCAACAACCUAUUCUGAUGUUCCCAGUGCACCCCCUCAGAAUGUCACGCUGGAAGUUCGCAACUCCAAGAGCAUUGUGGUACACUGGCAGCCACCGCCUCCAGGAACCCACAAUGGAGUGAUCACUGGUUACAACAUUCGGUACAAAAAAGGUGGUCGGCGUGGUGAGACUGACACCACAGGAGGGAGCCAGCUUUCUCAGAUAAUAGAUGGAUUGGAGCGAAACACUGAGUACAGCUUCCGAGUCUCUGCCACUACAGUGAAUGGAACAGGGCCAGCUUCUGACUGGGUGUCUGCAGAAACAUUUGAAAGUGACCUGGAUGAAUCCCGUGUCCCAGACAAACCCAGCUCUCUACACGUUCGACCUCUGAUCAAUAACAUUGUUGUGAGCUGGACGCCACCUGAAAAUCAGAACAUUGUUGUGCGAGGUUACACCAUUGGCUACGGCAUUGGCAGUCCUCAUGCAGAAACCAUUCGUGUUGACUAUAAGCAACGUUAUUAUACCAUCGGGAACCUGGAGCCCAACUCGCACUAUGUGAUCACACUUAAAGCAUAUAACAGGAAUGGAGAAGGAAUCCCCCUGUAUGAGAGUACAGCCACCAGGCCUCUAACUGAUCCUUUUGACCCUUCCGAAGUUUAUAUAUUUGAUCUUUUCAAUAAUCCAUACACUCCAGUACCAGACCCUAGUCCCAUGCUGCCUCCGGUCGGAGUUCAGGCUACUGUCCUUACCCAUGAUACCAUCCGGGUCACCUGGGCCGAUAGCUCGCUACCCAAGAACCAAAAGAUCACCGAUGCCCGAUUCUACACAGUACGUUGGAAAACCAACUACCCGGCCAACACCAAGUACAAGACUGCAGACACCACCACAUUGAGUUAUAUCGUCUCUGGAUUGAAACCAAACACACUGUACGAGUUUUCUGUGAAGGUAACAAAGGGUCGGAGGUCAAGUACCUGGAGCAUGACAGCACACGGAACUACCUUUGAAACAGUACCAACAUCUCCUCCCAAGGAUCUAACAGUGGUGAGCAAGGAAGGAAAACCAAGGACCAUUAUUGUCAACUGGCAACCUCCAUCAGAGGCCAAUGGAAAAAUAACAGGCUACAUCAUAUAUUACAGCACAGAUAUCAGUGCAGAGAUCCAUGACUGGGUGAUUGAGCCAGUGGUGGGAGACAGACUGACCCACCAGAUCCAAGAUCUUACUCUCGAUACAAGCUAUUUCUUCAAAAUCCAGGCCCGGAAUUCCAAAGGCAUGGGGCCCUUGUCUGAGUUCGUCCAGUUCCGUACACCUAAAGCUCUUGGAUCACCUGGGAAAUUUGGAAAAAUCCCUCCAAUGAUGGACUCUGGUUCAGAUACAAGACACUCCAUCAGUGGUCACAACAGUCCCCAUGGCAGCCCUACCUCGAGCCUGGACAGCAACACGAUGCUGAUUAUCAUCAUCUCGGCAGGAGUCUUCACAAUCAUCAUCGUGGUCAUCAUUGCGUUGAUCUGCACUCGAAGGACUAACUACCAGCAGAAAAAGUGA